AUACUCUUGGUGGAUAAUUCUAUUUUUCCCUUUGUUAUUACCAAAAGACAGCUAGCUUUGGCCUCCAAAACUGACCAUUUCAACUCUAUUCAUCUCAUCGUCGUCUUGCCGUGAGAUUAUACCGUUCCAUAUAAUCUCUCGAUCAAUUUCGGAUUAAUAACAAACCCUCUCAAGCUCUCUCUCUCUCUAUAUUUAUCAAUCUCACAACCGAUCUCGUCUCAUCGAUUUCUUUCCUCAAUCCAUCGAUCUCUCUCUGAUUACCAGAUCAGAGAUCUCUUCUCCACGCUUAGAUCUGAGUGUUUGUCGAAGCCUUUUACUACAGUGAAUCGCUUUCUUUCGGAUCUUCUAUCGAUCUUAGUUUCUCCCUUGUCCCUCUCUUCUUGGACAAGAUGAAAUUUUGGUUCUUCAUUUCUCUCCUCUUCAAUUUGUUACUGAGCAUCAACAGCACAGUAACUCAAACUGAAGACCAUCCCCCUUUUCUGCACAGCUGUUUCAGCAACAGAGGUAACUACACUGCUAAUAGCAUCUACCACGUACGCCAACCUCAAUCAGAUUCUCUCUCAGAUCUCCCCUCCACUGACAAUGGUUAUGGGUUCUACAACACCUCAGCAGGACAAAACCCUGACAAAGCCCACGCAAUUGGGCUCUGUAGAGGCGAUCUUAAGCCCGAUCCCUGCAGAAGCUGCCUGGAUGGGGUUAGAAAUCUUCUCAUAGAGGCGUGUCCCUCUGAGAAAGAGGCGAUUGGGUGGUACGAGAACUGCAUGCUUCGCUUCUCAAACCGCUCCCUUCACGGCUCCACGGAAGUCGUUCCUGCCUUCUCUCUGUGGAAGGCAGAGAGCCUAUUGUCCGGUGAUGACGUGGCUGCCGGGUUCAACCGGAAGCUCAAGAACUUACUGAAAACCCUAAGGACUGAGGCCGCAGGCGGCGGCAAUCUUAGAAAGUUUGCAGCAGGAAGUGCCAGCGUUAGGGUUGCUCGGAAUUCCAAUCAAUUGACGAUAUAUGCGCUUGUCCAAUGCACACCCGAUUUGUCGGAGACAGACUGCAAAAGGUGCUUGCUUGAGGCCUUUUGGUAUAUACCAAGAUGCUGUGAUGGGAAGGAUACGGGGAGGCUUGUUAUACCUAGCUGCAAUUUGAGGUUUGAGCUGUCUCUCUUCUUUGACAAAGCUGCUACUGUGCUGCCUUUGCCUGUCUCUCAUAGCUCUCCUCCUCCAAUCUCUGCCAAUACCACACGUAUUUCGCAAGGAAUAUUGAAAAACCAAAAACUUUGGAAUGUGAUGAUUCUCGUUAUGGCAAUCGUUGGUGGUGUUUUGUCGCUAUUCAUGUGCUAUUGUUUGAGAGUACUCGGAGUAGAUAGGAUCUCAAGUGAACAAAUUACAACUGCAAGUUCUUCGGUAGUUGAAUCACCUAAAACGACGUCCUCGGUAUAUGUCACUCAGAUUAGUUAUGACGAUGUCAUAUUGGCCACGGGUGGCUUUGCUGAUAAACGGGGACAAGGCGGCUUUGGUCCUGUUUUCAAGGGUCUUUUGAACGGCCAAGAUAUAGCCGUGAAAAUACUCUCGACGGAAUACGAACAAGGAGAUGUACACUUUUCAACUGAAGUCGCAGUUUUGGGCAACCUUCGACAUGGCAAUUUAGUCAAGCUCCUGCAUUUCAGUGUGGAAGGAGAUGAAAGGGUUCUUGUAUAUGAGUAUGUCCCAAAUCAAAGUCUUGAUCGCUUCAUAUUUGAUCAAAACGAGGGCGAAGGUUUGGAUUGGGAUAGACGCUACAUCAUCAUAGUUGGCACUGCACGAGGACUCUGUUACCUUCAUCAUAAUGCUUCUCCUAAAUUUUUUCAUCGUGAUGUAAAAACCAGCAACAUAUUACUAGAUGCAAUAUGGAAUCCCAACAUAUUCCUGCUUGUUCACCUAACUGUAUACAGCUGUUUAUACAGUUGUUGGUUACUAAUUUACAAUAUAGUGAAUGUUCAGUGAUCAAUUACAAAGAGUCGAUCAGAUCAGUA